AUUAUUAUUAUUGUUUUUUACUCAGUUUGUUUUUUUAUUUAUUACUAAGUUCAAAUUAUUCUCUGCUUGAGUAUAUCUUGGACAGAUGCUGUUGAAUAAUUAUCUUCUGGAAAUGGUAAACUUCUCUAGGUGUCUGGCUACAGAACACAUUCUAGGUGUUUGUAUUUGGGUGUUGGUAGAUGUUACUAUUUCAGUGUCUAGGUUUUUGAUGCAGUUAUUUUUUGUUCUUUUUCUCUUGUCCUCCUCUCUCUUGAAGGGCUUCAACAUGUUGCUCAAACAAGCAACAUUAAUAAGCUGCUAAUGGCUUCCGUGGAGAUUUGUUUUCAUUUCAGGGUUGAAAAGGUGUGCCAUGUGUCGUGAUGGCCAGCUUGCCUCUCUUCCUCACCUGAUUUGAGAUGUUCACACUGAGAUUCUAAGUUUGAAUUUUCAUGAAGAUUGCCAUUUAUGAUGUUAAAGAUUGUGUUUUUAUAUUAUACUGGGCUAACUUUGUCAUGAUGCAGGUCAUUGCUCUGACAGAGGAACUCCUUGCAACUGCAAAGCAGACUGAGAUUUCUGGAUCAGAUAUUCGGCCAGGAGCUGGUGCAUCCCCUAGUUUGCCCCAACAGGCGAAUAAAAAUGAGUCAACGGGAAUCUCUGGUGAACAUGAGAAGUUUCCUGUUGGUGCGAAAGUUCAAGCUGUAUGGAGUGAAGAUGGGGAGUGGUAUGAUGCAACGAUUGAGGCUCUUACUCCAAAUGGGUAUUAUGUUUCUUAUGAUGAAUGGGAGAAUAAGGAAGAGGUGGAUCCUGCCAAUGUAAGACCGGUUGAAUUCAAUGCUUUACUGGAAGCUGAAAAAGUGGCUGAAGCUACAAAGCAAGCUAUCAAACGGAAGAUAGCACAAGCUGCUUCUGUCGACUUCCAAUCACGGAGUUUGCCAGCAAAGCUUCGUAUAAAUGCUGAUGACCCAGAGGAUGUGAAAUCUGCCAAGCGUAAGAAGAUUCAUGCUUUCAAAUCAAAGAUGCGUUUUGAGCAACUUGAAGUUGCACAGAAUAAGCGGCAAAAUGCAUGGCAGCAGUUCCAGACCACUAAAGGCAGCACUAAAAAGGUCGGUUUCUUCUCAGGGCGCAAGCGAGAGAGCAUUUUUAAGUCUCCUGAUGAUCCCAAUGGUAAGGUUGGUGUGACUGGAAGUGGAAAGGGCUUGACUGAGUUCCAGAAAAGGGAAAAGCACUUGCAUCUCAAAGGUGGAACCGUCGAGACAGAUGAUUAGAUUUUUGAGCUUCAAUUAUUUUCUUUGUUCUUCAUACUUAACUUGAUGAGUUUGAGGAGCUUGUUAGAGAGAGAACAAAUGAAGCUGUAGUUAAAAGUAUCUCUAAAUGAUAACUUGGCAUCUAUUUGUGUUAA